AUGCCACUAGAAAAAAAGUGAAAAUUUAAAAAUUGUAAAAUUAAAAAAGGAAUAAAAAUUAACCCAAAAUUGCACAAUGUUCAGGCGCAGUCUGAGCCUCCUCGACAAACUGCCCAAGGCGAAAGUGGCCGAGUGGCUAGGGGGGAUCGACACCAUAAUUUGUAGCCCCGAUGGGGUUCUUUGGCAGGGGAACACUCCCGUUGAAGGAUCCGUAGAGGCCUUCAAUGCCAUCCAGUCUAAGGGGAAGCGCAGCCUCAUAGUAACCAACUCCUGCUGCCUGACCAAAUCGGAUUUGGUGACAAAGGCCAAGUGCCUCGGCUUUAAAAUAAAGGAUCAGGACGUUCUCAGUUCGUCGGCAGCCAUAUCGAGUUAUCUAGCCGACCGGAAGUUCAAGAAGAAGCUUUUUGUUCUGGGCGGCGAAGGCAUCCGCAAGGAUCUGAAGGAGGCUGGCUUCUGCUCCGAGGUCAGUAUUGAGCAACAGGGGGACCGCAAUAAAAUGCAGUUUGUAAGGACGAUGGCGCUCGAUCCAGAUGUGGGCGCAGUGCUUGUUGCUAAGGACGACAGAAUGGAAGCGCUUCAGAUGCUCUUGGCCUGCAAUUACCUUCAAAAUCCGAAAGUCCUAUUUCUGACCACCAGCUUGGAUGGAUACCAGACACUGGGCAAACGGCGGGUUCCGGACGGCGGGGGUAUAGCGAAUGCCAUCGAGGUGAUCGUUAUGCGUAAACCAACCGUCUUGGGCAAACCAAAUCCCCGCAUUUUAGGCAAGUUGAUCGAGUCGGGAGAAAUAAAACCGGAAAAGUCGCUUGUGAUCGGAAACUCGCUCAUGACUGACAUUGCUUUCGCCAACAUUUGUGGUUUUCAAUCAUUAUUAGUGGAUCCCGAUAAUAAAUCUUUUAAAGAAGCCGAGAAAAUUAUUAAAGAGGGAAAUGAGAAGAAAAUGAUUCUUGUUCCGGACACUUAUCUGCCAUCUCUCGGUUCCUUUCUGGAGUUUUUAUGCACCGAAGUAAAGCCGGAAAAGGAGAAGGAGAAGAAAACCCAGGAAAGGAGGGACGGUUUAAAAAACGAAAAGCAAGGAGAAAAAAAAUAAUUUGCAAUUACCAUUUAAAAAUUAAGUUAGAGCGCCAAGAACAGAACAGCAAUUUUUGGAACAUCAAGAAUGUUCAAUAUAUAUUGAUAGUAUACUUUGGUACGAAUCCUUGCUAUCAUUUUUCCCACUUUUUAUUAAAGUAAAUUUAGUAAGUUA